AGGCUUGAACAGUUUAGCAGUUUCAUGAUAAGUAAGUGUGAAUUAUUGAUUAACAAUUAAAAAAAAUGAUUUGAUAUAUAAAUUGUAUUAUGUUGUAUCUUGUCAACCGUCUUUCUGGCUGGAUUGGUAAUUAAACUUGGUUAAAUAAGGAUGACGUUUGCUUGUCCAUUGUGUGACAAGAUUUUAACCAAAAAAUAUAGUUUAACUGUACACUUGAGAUUCCACAAGCAUGAGAGAAAUUUCCACUGCAAUGAAUGCAAGAAAUCUUUUACAACAGCAAGAAUUCUAAAUAAGCAUAAACUUACACAUGACAAAGUGUCAGAAGCCAAACUUUGCCAGAUCUGUAACAAAGGGUUCAGAUACAAGAGUGGUUUAGAGAGACAUAUGUUAAUACAUACAGGAGACAGAUUGUUUACUUGCAAACUAUGUGGAAAAAGUUUUAUGUUAAGAGAGCAUUUGCUUAGACAUAUGAAACUUCAUGCUGUAGAUGAAAAAUUUGAAUGUGGGAUAUGUCAAUCAAAAUUUUCCAAGAAUAUUCUCCUUACAAGGCAUAUCUUAAUUCACACAGGAGAGAAGUCACUUAAGUGUGUGACAUGUGGGAUGCAUUUGAUAGAUACAAAGAACUUUACACAAGAUACUGAAAACCUUAAUAAUAAUGACAACAAGGAGGAAAUUGUGUUUAAUUGUACAGCCUGUGAGGAGAAACUGAGUACCAUGAUUCCUGUUGAAAAUCAUAGGAAACUGCAGUCAAAUGUUAGCUAUCUGGUGUGUCAUGUGUGUAAGAAAACAUUCAAAAGGAAAGGUGGUCUUAAACAACAUAUGAAAAUUCAUAAUGAUGCAAUAUUCUAUCCAUGUAAUGUAUGUGACAAGAAAUUUAAGAAUACAAGUUGUCGCAAAAGACAUAUGAGAAUUCAUACGGGAGAAAGACCAUUUUCUUGUAAAAAUUGUUCAAAACGCUUUUCUGAUAGUGGCAAUCUUUCUAGACACUUGAAAUUACAUUUGUGAACCUGUUCUUGUCUUCAUAAAUUUAAUAAGUAUUUGAAGAACUUGAAAAGAGCAAUUUGAAAGCUACUGGUACAUCGAUUCAUACAUGUACGAUUAGAAAUAAAGUAUUUUCUCAAGGUUGAAUCAAUGUAUUAUGAAAAUUUAUUUUUUACAUGAAAAAAUUGUUUUGUAGGAGAACAUUUUACUAAAAUAUUCUUCCUUGGAUGUGUUUGACUUUAGAAAAAUGAAAAAAUUGAGCAUGGCCCCGCUAAUCGUUGGCUCUUUUGUUUAACUUGUGAUUAGCAUGACUCAGAUGUCACAAUUGGGGUACUUUCAUACUCAUACCUCUGAUUGUUACAUUAAAUGUGAUUGCUUCUACAUUGGCUGUAGUAUUAAUAAGAUUAUAAUGAAUGUGCUAACAAUGCAUAUUAUUUGAUGCUUCAAAUGUUUAAUGUGCAUUAGGUUGCAUGAUAAAAGUCAUGAUUUUGAUAUAAAGUUCAGUAAAAAUCACAUAAUUUAUAUAAAAAUAUUUUGAAAGAAAACAAUCUAGAAGUGAACCAGGUUUUGAUUUAUUUCCAUGGUAAUGGAACCAUUCAUAUAAUAGUAAUUAAGACAUGAUUUGUUUUACUUAUUUUUAAGAUAUGAACUACAUUUAAUUAGAUAUUCUAUGGAUAAAGAAAUAAAAAUGCAUGCAUUUCUUUGCAUCAAGAAGAUAUUUUAUAAUGAUAAUAAAGU